AUGAGUCGCAGGGUGCACAACCCCUCCAUGCCCCCGCCUCCCCCUCCACUAUCACGCGCAGAGCCCAUGGGACCUCCGCCGCUCCCCGGUUCCACGUCUCAACCGUCCACUCCGCCCGCAACGGAGAUGAGAGAGCAGAAGAACUACAUGGAGAAGUACUACAAACUGAAGCGGUUAUAUUGGGAUCUUCAGGAGAAAUAUAAGAAUAUAGUCGAAGAGUUACACAGCUCUGGUAUGCGAAACUCGGCCCUCAUACAGGAACGCUCAGUUUUGCUCGACCGCAUCAUUGAACUGGAGAGCCCGCCCACGCAUAAACAAUCUCACACCCCCGGCCAACUUCCAGCCAGUGCAAUACCGCGCUCGUUAUACUCUGAACGUGCUCAGGCAACAUUGAGGGAAACUGUCAAGCAGGCCAUGGAAGAGUGUGCUGUGGAGGAUCGCGCGGUAGAUCCUGCUUUGGCUAUUCGGCACGUCGGACCGACUGCACGGAAGCGUGAGCGCGAAGAAGCAGAGACGCACGCUCAGCACACGGCUCGUACCGAAGAGCACUCGACGCCUGCCAAACGCCGUCGCACGAAGAAGGAUAAGGAAGUCCUCGAACCUGUCGCGCUUCCCCCACCGCCGGCAGCGAAACACAUCCGCGCAAAGCCAUCUGCCGUCCCAUCUGCGCCGCCCUUGAUCCAGGAGCCGCCCAUUGAGCGCCAACCUGUAUUGCCACCGUCUAUCCAGCCAACCCAGCAGCCCGAGCUGUUGCAUGACCCUCGUAUAGCACUCAAUGGGCACCAGGACAAGUCUGCGUCGCCUUUGCCUUCGUCUGUCUCCUCGCCUCAUGACGAGCAAACGCCCCCCAUAGCCUCUUCUUCGCCGAGAUUUCAAGCUCAGACGCCAUCAUCGUCUAGUGUCAUCUCUAAUGCGCCUCCGCCACCUUCCAGUGCCCCUUCCUUGCAGUCGUAUCCUUCCCCUGAGUUCCAGCCGACUUCCCCCAACGACUCCUUCCGCUCGCCGGAAAUGUACACCGCGAACGGCAGACAUGCACGACCAAAAAGGCUCAAAGCUCACACGGUUUCGCACAAAACCCACCAGAUCCCCACUGUACCGAGAGAUCCGCACGGCGCUCCGAUUCUUCCUCUCAACGUUGGCAUCAUGACAGUGAUCUCGCUCGGGACAGUGUGCCUCCGCGAGCACUUCCAUACGGAGCGAUACAUAUUCCCCAUCGGUUACGAGGUUACCCGUCGAUAUCUUUCCGCUCGCGAUCCUCACUCCGAGGUCGUCUACCACUGCAAGAUCCUCAAUGGAGACACCGGUCCCAAUUUCCAGAUCAUUGCCGACGACCAGCCCGAGAAACCCAUCGUGGCGGGUACACCCACAGGCGCUUGGUCCGUUGUCGUUCGCGCUGCGAAUCACAUCCGCAAUCGCGCGCACUCUAAUUCUGUCUCUGGGCCGGACUUCUUCGGUCUCGGCCAGAACACAAUCAAACAUCUCAUACAGCAGCUUCCUGAUGCCGACAGGCUGAAGGAUUACGUUUGGCAAACAUUUGUCGAGGGCGGAGAUGGACGUGCGCUUGGUGGGCGACACGCCCCUGUGGCGCCUGCUCAUGCGGAGCCUGCGAGCAACGGCUCGUACGAUAGCGGAGGCAAUGUCGUGCGCGAACGUGAUGCUUCGAACGGUGACAUCGACAUGGAGAACGAGUCCCGACCAGGUCAUCGUCGUAAUAACUCUCAAUCCUCUCAAUCGACACGAUCGCCUGCCAGCCCCUAUCCACAUCCGGCAACGCAACCCAUCGUGAGCCCGAGCGCUACCCACCUCAACCAGGUCGCGAACUCGAACGCUACCCGCCACCGCCAGGUCGUGAAGCGGAACAUUAUCCACCCCCCAGCAACGGACCAGAACGCUACGCACCACCACCGCGCGCAGCCUACGCAUAUAGUCACACACGGGGUUCCCAAGAGUCUUACGCUCGCUCACAACCAGAAUCUUACCCCGGCUCUCCGCCCGAUUCAUACGUGA